AUGGCAAAGGAGGAAGAUGAGGAGAAGAAAGCCAAGAAAGGAAAGAAGGGUAAGAAGGCCCCGGAGCCGGAGAAGCCCAAACGGAGCCUUAAGGGGACCUCCCGUCUAUUCAUGGGCUUCCGAGAUCGAACGCCCAAGAUCUCCAAGAAGGGCCAGUUCCGGAGCGCAUCAGCUUUCUUCUGGGUCCUCCACACUGGCCCCCAGAAGACCAAACGCAAGAAGAAGGCCCGCACGGUGCUCAAGUCCACGUCCAAGCUCAUGACGCAGAUGCGCAUGGGCAAAAAGAAGCGGGCGAUGAAGGGGAAGAAGCCCUCUUUCAUGGUGAUCCGCUUCCCCGGACGUCGUGGGUACGGCCGUCUCCGGCCCCGGGCCCGGUCACUCAGCAAGGCAUCCACGGCCAUCAACUGGCUCACCAAGAAGUUCCUCCUCAAGAAGGCUGAGGAGUCGGGCAGUGAGCAAGCCACGCUGGACGCCUGGCUGCAGCGCUCGGGCUCCCGCGUGGGCUCCCGCAAGCUGCCCUUCCCAUCGGGCGCAGAGAUCCUGCGGCCCGGGGGCCGGCUCCGCAGAUUCCCCCGCAGCCACAGCAUCUACUCAUCUGGGGAGCCCGUGGGCUUCCUGCCCUUCGAGGACGAGGCUCCGUUCCGGGGCUCGGGCUCCCGCAAGUCGCUGUAUGGGCUCGAGGGCUUCCAGGACCUGGGCGAGUAUUAUGACUACCACCGCGAGGGCGACGACUACUAUGACCAGCAAUCGCUGUACCAAUAUGAGGAACAGGAGCCCUACCUGGCCGGCUACAGGCCCUACAGCCCAACCUGGCAGCCCUAUGGCGAGCAUUUCUAUGGGUACCCACCUGAGGACCCCUAUGACUACUACCACCCUGACUACUAUGGUGGCUCCUUCUACCCAGGGUACGGCUAUGGCUAUGACGACUAUGAACCCCCCUACGCACCCCCAUCUGGGUAUUCAUCUCCUUAUAGCUACCAUGAUGGGUUUGAGGGUGAGGCCUACCCAUAUAGCCACUACCUAGAUCCCUAUGCACCUUAUGACAUGCCAUACCCACCCUAUGACCUUCCGUACGAUACCCCAUAUCCUGCACCCUACUUUGAUCCGUAUGGGGUCCCCUACACCGUCCCCGAUGCUGAAGACAUCUAUGGAGGUGGAGAUGAAGCCAUCUAUGCCCCCGAAGUGCCCUAUCUUUAUCCAGAGGAGCCGUCCUUUGCCUACCCCUGGGUCCCGCCACCUAUACUGUCACCCCACAAUCCAUAUGCCCACCCCAUGGAUGACAUCGUGGAGCUGGAGGAGCCAGAGGAAGCAGGCGGGGAGCGGCAGAGCACCUCCUUCCGCCUACCCAGUGCAGCCUUCUUUGAGCAGCAAGGAAUGGACAAGCAGGCCAGGUCCAAGCUGUCCUUCAUCCGCAAGUUCCGCCUCUUCCCACGGCCGCAGGUGAAGCUGUUUGGAAAGGAGAAGCUGGAGGUGCCCCUGCCCCCAUCCCUGGACAUUCCACUGGGAGAUGCAGAUGAAGAGGAGGAGGAGGAGGAGAUACCCCCAGUGCCCACCGUGCCCUAUGCCCACCCUUACUGGGGCUUCCUUACACCUCGUCAGCGCAACCUCCAACGGGCCCUGUCGGCCUUUGGUGCCCACCGCGGCCUGAGCAUCAGCCCUGAUUUGGGUCGCCCGCCACCCCGCCCCGCCACCUCACUGGCACGUUUUCUCAAAAAGACACUAUCAGAGAAGAAGCCCAUUCCGCGGCUCAGGGGUAGCCAGAAGGCACGAGGGGCCAGCCCUGCAGUCCGGGAGGCGGCUUACAAACGCUUUGGCUACAAGCUGGCCGGCAUGGACCCUGACCGGCCCAACACGCCCAUCGUGCUGAGGAGGACCCAGCCACGGGCCCAAAACAACAACAAUUCCCACCGCCCACCCUCGCCGGCACCCACGCCCCGGAUACUUUCCCACUGGAGCAAGCUCGUCUCCCCUCCAACUUCCCGGAGGCCCCCCAGCCCUGGCCCACCGCCUGCCCCACCCUUCUCCCCAACACUCUCAGGCCUGCCCCGGCCAGCCUCCCCCUAUGGCUCCCUCCGGCAACACCCACCACCCUGGGCCGCCCCAGCUCACGUGCCCCUAGCACCCCAGGCAAACUGGUGGGCCUUUGUGGAGCCCCCUCCUGUAAGCCGAGAGGUGCCCCCUGACCUGCUAGCCUUCCCUGUGCCCCGACCCUCAUUCAGGGGUUCCCGCCACAGAGGGUCAGCCUUUGGCUUUCCUGGGACCUCCCCAGUGGCACCGAGAAGGUGGGCCUGGAGUCCCCUGCCUUCACCUCAGCCCUCCCUGAGGAACCUGCCAGGUCCAGGCUACCGCUCACCCUUGGGGCCCUUGUCCCCUCAGCUGUCUCUCCGUAGGGGCCCCUUCCAGCCGCCCUUCCCACCUCCACCUCACCGGCCUGGAUCUCUGCGAGAGCCCCCAAAGCCACGACAACGACAAGCCUCCGGGCGCCUGGGCCCACCCCAUUCACCAGUGCUGGGUUCACCCCGACUACCCCCACUGCCCCCUCUGCUGGGCCAUGGCCCCCGGCACCGGUCCCUCAACCUGCCUUCACGCCUCUCUCACUCAUGGCGGCGCCUCAGCGAGCCGCCCACCCGGGCUGUAAAGCCACAGGUGCGCGGGCCGUUCCACCUGCCACCAAGGGCCAGGUCUUGGAGAGCUGCUGCAGGGUCCCAGGAGCACCAGGAGAGUCAGCAUGAACCUGAGGACUCCGAGACGCCCUGGAUAGUGCCCCCGCUGGACCCCAGCUGGGACAUAGAUAUGCCUCCCACCCAGCGCCCACCUUCGCCCUGGCCAGGAAGUGUGGGCAGCCUUCGCGGCUUUUCCAGGCCACCUCCUGUGCCUGAAAAUCCCUUCCUGCAGUAUGUGGGCCUGGUAUCAUCCACUGCUGCCCAGCCUGAAGGCCCAGCCUCUAACGCAACCAGCAUCUUCCUGGGCAGACACCAUGACCCAGGACCUGGACAUCUCACCAAAUCCGCUGGCCCUUGCCCUGAGAAUCCUGAAGAAGCGGCCACCCCAGGAGAACCCCAACCAUCAGCAGAGUCCAAGACCCUAACCCUAACACCUCCAAAGGAUGCCCCCGCAGAGCACAAGGCAUUACGGCUCAGCCUCUCAUAUCCACUGGCUAUGUGUGACCAGACAAGGGCUACAGGGUCACUAUGGCACCGCUCGAGGACACUGCCCAGACCCCUGGCUCCCUUGGCCCCUACUGGGGCCCCAGAACCCCUGCCCAAGGAGGGUGAGCGACCCCAGCCUCGAUCUGGGCGUUUUGCCGUCGUCUUACCUCAGGUGCGGAAACUGAGCUCCUUCCAGCAAGGUAGGCCUGCUGCCCUGCAUCCACCUGAACAACUGGCCCAGGACCCCCAGCAUGGCCCAGAGCUCCGAGCCUGUGGUCUGCGCUGGUCCUGCCUCUGGCUGCCAGCAGAUGCCCGCCGGCCCUGGCCACGAGUACAGGCCCAACCCCAGUGUCACCGCCUGGGCCUUGGAGCUGCUUGCCUGUCUCUCAGGGGCCCCUGGAAAGAAAAUGGCCCUCAAAACUGUCAGAACAAGAUGCACUCCAUCCGAAACCUGCCUUCCAUGCGGUCCAACGAGCAGCGCAGGGAGGACGGAGUGGAGGACAUGACCCAGCUAGAAGACCUCCAGGAAACCACGGUGCUGUCCAAUCUCAAGACCAGAUUUGAACGGAACCUCAUCUACACGUACAUCGGCAGCAUCCUGGUUUCAGUGAACCCAUACCGAAUGUUCGGGAUCUACGGUCCAGACCAGGUGCAGCAGUACCACGGGCGGGCCCUGGGAGAGAAUCCUCCGCACCUCUUUGCGAUUGCAAAUCUCGCCUUCGCCAAAAUGCUUGAUGCCAAACAGAACCAGUGCAUAAUCAUCAGUGGAGAGAGCGGCUCUGGCAAAACUGAGGCGACCAAGCUGAUUCUGCGCUACCUGGCCGCCAUGAACCAGAAACGGGAUGUCAUGCAGCAGAUCAAGAUCCUGGAGGCAACACCCCUCCUGGAGUCCUUCGGCAAUGCCAAAACCGUCAGGAACGAUAACUCGAGCCGCUUCGGGAAGUUCGUGGAGAUCUUUCUAGAAGGGGGCGUGAUCUCUGGUGCCAUAACCUCUCAGUACCUGCUCGAGAAAUCCAGGAUUGUGUUUCAGGCCAAAAAUGAGAGGAAUUACCACAUUUUCUAUGAGCUGCUGGCUGGACUGCCUGCCCAGCUGCGGCAGGCCUUCAGCCUACAGGAGGCGGAGACCUACUACUACCUGAACCAGGGAGGGAACUGUGAGAUCACUGGCAAGAGUGAUGCAGAUGACUUCCGCCGGCUCCUAGCUGCCAUGGAGGUGUUGGGCUUCAGCGGUGAAGACCAGGACAGCAUCUUCCGCAUCCUGGCCUCCAUCCUGCACCUGGGCAACGUCUACUUUGAGAAGUAUGAGACGGAUGCACAGGAGGUGGCCUCAGUGGUAAGCGCCCGGGAGAUCCAGGCUGUGGCUGAGCUGCUGCAGAUCUCCCCAGAGGGCCUACAGAAGGCCAUCACCUUCAAAGUGACCGAGACAAUGCGAGAGAAGAUCUUCACCCCUCUGACUGUAGAGAGCGCUGUGGAUGCCAGGGAUGCCAUUGCCAAGGUUUUGUAUGCUCUGCUGUUUGGUUGGCUCAUCGCCAGGGUCAAUGCGCUGGUGUCCCCGCAGCAGGACACCCUGUCCAUCGCCAUCCUGGAUAUCUAUGGCUUCGAGGACCUGAGUUUCAACAGCUUUGAGCAACUGUGUAUUAAUUAUGCUAAUGAGAACCUUCAGUAUCUCUUCAACAAGAUCAUCUUUCAGGAAGAGCAGGAGGAAUACAUCCGAGAGCAGAUCGACUGGCGGGAGAUCACCUUUGCUGACAAUCAGCCCUGCAUCAACCUCAUCUCGCUGAAGCCCUAUGGCAUCCUACGCAUCCUCGAUGACCAGUGCUGCUUUCCCCAGGCCACAGACCACACAUUUCUGCAGAAGUGCCACUACCAUCAUGGCGCCAACCCACUCUAUUCCAAACCCAAGAUGCCGCUGCCUGAGUUCACCAUCAAGCACUAUGCCGGCAAGGUCACCUACCAGGUGCACAAGUUCCUGGACAAGAAUCAUGACCAGGUGCGCCAGGACGUGCUGGACCUCUUUGUGCGGAGCCGGACGCGGGUGGUAGCACACCUCUUCUCCAGCCAUGCCCCUCAGGCUGCCCCUCAACGCCUGGGCAAGAGUAGCUCUGUCACCCGACUCUACAAGGCGCACACUGUGGCUGCCAAGUUCCAGCAGUCGCUCUUGGAUCUGGUGGAAAAGAUGGAGAGGUGCAACCCCUUGUUCGUGCGUUGCCUGAAGCCCAACCACAAGAAGGAACCAGGUCUCUUUGAGCCAGACGUGGUAAUGGCGCAGUUACGUUAUUCAGGGGUCCUGGAGACUGUGCGGAUCCGCAAAGAAGGCUUUCCUGUGCGGCUUCCCUUCCAGAUGUUCGUUGACAGGUACCGCUGCUUGGUGGCCCUCAAGCCCGACCUGCCAGCUAACGGGGACCUGUGCGUGUCAGUGCUAAGCCGUCUGUGCACAGUCAUGCCCAACAUGUAUCGCGUCGGGGUCAGCAAGCUGUUCCUUAAGGAGCAUCUGCACCAGCUGCUGGAGAGCAUGCGGGAGCACGUUCUGCACCUGGCAGCCCUCACGCUGCAGCGCUGCUUCCGGGGCUUCCUUGUCCAGAGGCGUUUCCGCUCCUUGCGCCGUAAGAUCAUCCUCCUGCAAAGCCGGGCACGAGGCUACCUUGCCAGGCAGGGCUAUCAGCAGAUGAGGAGGAGUCUGAUGAAGUUCCGGUCCUUGGUUCACGCCUACAUGAACCGCAGCCGCUACCUCAAGCUGAGGGCAGAGCAGAGGCGCCGGGUGGAGGAGGCACGGCUUCGGGAGCAGGAGGAGCUGAGCAAGCGGGAGGUGGUGGCUGUGGGGCACCUGGAGGUGCCAGCAGAGCUGGCUGGGCUCAUGCAAGCUGUGGCAGGCCUCAGGCUGGCCAGAGUGCCCUGUGUGGCCCCUGUGAGGACUCCCCGGCUCCAGGCCGAGCCCCGAGUCAAAUUGCCCCUGGAUAUCAACAAUUACCCCAUGGCCAAGUUUGUCCGGUGCCACUUCAAGGAACCUGCCUUUGGGAUGCUGACAGUGCCCUUGAGGAUGCCCCUCACGCAGCUGCCAGCCGAGUACCAUGCAGAAGCCGUGAGCAUCUUCAAGCUGAUCCUGCGUUUCAUGGGCGACCCCCACCUGCACGGUGCCCAGGAGGACGUCCUGGGGAACUACAUCGUGCAGAAGGGGCUGACGAUGCCUGAACUACGGGAUGAGAUCCUGGCCCAGCUGGCCAAUCAGGUGUGGCACAAUCACAAUGCCCACAAUGCGGAGCGGGGCUGGCUGCUCCUGGCUGCCUGUCUCAGUGGCUUCGCACCUUCCUCACGCCUCGACAAGUUCCUCCUCAAGUUUGUGUCUGAUUAUGGGCAGAAUGGCUUCCAGGCAGUGUGUCAGCACCGUCUCAUGCAGGCCAUGGGCCGGGCCCAACAGCAGGGCUCAGGGGCUGCCCGCACCUUCCCACCGACCCAGCUUGAGUGGAUCACCACCCAUGAGAAGGCCAACAUGGCACUGGAUGUGAGCUGCUUCAAUGGUGACCAGUUCUCCUGUCCAGUGCACUCCUGGAGUACUGGGGAAGAGGUGGCAGGAGACAUUCUCAGGCACAGGGGCCUGGCUGAAGGCUGGAGAGGAUGGACAGUGGCCAUGAAGAAUGGUGUCCAGUGGGCAGAGCUGGCUGGCCAUGACUACGUGCUGGACCUAGUGUCAGACCUGGAGCUGCUCAGGGACUUCCCUCGGCAGAAGUCCUACUUCAUUGUGGGCACGGAAGGGCCCAUGGCUGGCAGGGGAUGCCCAAGAAUGGUUUUUGGGAAUAGCUGGGACUCAGAUGAGGAUACACCCCCCAGACCUCAGCCUCAGCAUCCCAUGCCUGAAGUACCUGACUCUGAUGGGUACAGCAGCCACAAUGAGGAUGGUACAAGUGGGGAAACUGAGGCCCAGAGAGAGACAGCCACCCACCAAGACUCGGACAGCCUUGGAGAGCCCACUGUGCCCCAUAAGGGGCUUGACUGCUACCUGGACAGCCUCUUCAACCCUGUGCUGUCCUACGGGGAUGCGGACCUGGAGAAGCCAACAGCCAUUGCUUACCGCAUGAAAGGGGGAGGCCAGCCUGGCGGAGGCAGCGGUAGUGGUCCUGAAGACACCCUCAGGAGACCCCCAGAGCCAAAGCCAAAGCCAAUACCAGGCCUGGAUGCCUCCACGCUGGCUCUGCAGCAGGCCUUCAUCCACAAGCAGGCCGUGUUGCUGGCCCGGGAAAUGACCCUGCAGGCCAUGGCACUCCAGCAGCAGCCUCUUAGUCCUGCCCUGAGACACUUACCCCCAGAGAAACCCUUAGCACCAGAGGCACAGCCGAAGUCUGUGGGCACUGGUCCCCCUGCCAAACCUGUACUCCUGCGCUCCACUCCAAAGUCCCCGGCCCCAGCCCCUUCAGCCAAGGCCCCAAGGCUCCCCACCAAGCCCGUGGCUGUCCCCAUUCUAGCUCAGGGCCUGGCUUCUCCACAAAUCCCCUCACCCUCCCGGGACUUGGUCCGUUACUCCACGCUCAACUCAGAGCACUUCCCGCAGCCCACCCAGCAGAUCAGAAGCAUCAUCAGGCAGUGCCAGCAGCCGCACGGAGGAGGCCGUCCCGAGGCCCUAAGGAAGGAUGGAAGGGUGUUUGUGAAGCGGCCAGACCCCCAUGAGGAGGCCCUGAUGCUCCUGAAGGGCCAGAUGACUCACCUAGGGACAGCACCUGGCACCCAGGUGUCCAGAGAGACGGUGGCCCUAGUGAAGCCAGUGACCAGUGCACCGAGGCCAUCCAUGGGACCCACUCCAGUGCAGCCUUCAAGAUCCCUGGAGCCCCCCGAGGAACCUAUGCAAACGCGGCUGCAUUGCCUAAUCAACCCCAAUUUCUACGGCUACCAGGAUGCCCCCUGGCGGAUCUUCCUGCGCAAAGAGGUGUUUUACCCCAAGGACAGCUACAACCAUCCUGUGCAGCUAGAUCUCCUGUUCCGCCAGAUCCUGCAUGACACGUUCUCUGAGGCCUGCAUGCGCAUCACUGAGGACGAGCGGCUCAGAAUGAAGGCCCUGUUUGCCCAGAACCAGCUGGAUACACAGCGGCCUCUGGUAACGGAGAGUGUGAAGCGGGCGGUGAUCAGCACUGCCCGAGACAGCUGGGAGGUCUACUUCUCCCGUCUCUUCCCCGCCACGGGCAGUGUGGGCACUGGUGUGCAGAUCCUAGCGGUGUCCCACACAGGCAUCAAACUCCUGCGGAUGGUCAAGGGCAGCCAGGAGGCCAGUGGGCAGCUGCAGGUCCUACGUACAUACAGCUUUGCAGAUAUCCUCUUUGUGACCAUGCCGUCACAGAACAUGCUGGAGUUCAACCUGGCUAGUGAGAAGGUCAUCCUCUUUUCAGCCCGUGCUCACCAUGUCAAGACCAUGGUGGAUGACUUCAUUCUGGAGUUGAAGAAGGACUCUGACUAUGUUGUUGCUGUGAGAAACUUCCUGCCUGAGGAUCCAGCACUGCUGGCCUUCCACAAGGGUGACAUUAUCCACCUGCAGCCCCUGGAGCCACCUAGAACAGGCUACAGCGCUGGCUGUGUGGUGCGCAAGAAGGUGGUAUACCUGGAGGAACUGCGCCAUAGAGGCCCUGACUUUGGCUGGCGGUUUGGGACGAUCCACGGGCGCGUGGGUCGCUUCCCUUCGGAGCUGGUGCAGCCCGCCGCAGCCCCAGAUUUCCUGCAGCUACCAGCAGAGCCUGGCAGGAGCCGGGCUGCCGCGGUGGCCGCAGCUGUCGCCUCUACAGCUGCAGCUCAGGAGGUGGGCCGCAGGAGAGAGGGUCCCUCAGUCAGGGCCCGCUCUGACCGUGGAGAAGACACCCUGGCGCUCCCACCAUAUACAAUGCUUGAAUUUGCCCAGAAGUAUUUCCGGGACCCUCGGAGGCAACCUCAGGAUGGCCUCAGGCUGAAAUCCAAGGAGAGCCGGGAGUCCAGAACCUUGGAGGACAUGCUCUGCUUCACCAAGACCCCGCUCCAGGAAUCCCUUAUUGAACUCAGUGACACCAGCCUCAACAAGAUGGCCACCGACAUGUUCCUAGCUGUGAUGAGGUUCAUGGGGGAUGCCCCACUGAAGGGCCAGAAUGAACUGGACAUGCUCUGCACCCUCCUGAAGCUUUGUGAAGACCAUGAGGUCAUGCGGGAUGAGUGUUACUGCCAAAUUGUGAAGCAGAUCACAGAUAACACCAGCUCUAAGCAGGACAGCUGCCAGCGAGGCUGGAGGUUGCUCUACAUCAUGGCUGCCUACCACAGCUGCUCAGAUGUCCUCUACCCACACCUCCAUCACUUCCUCCAACACGUGAGCAGGACCCCAGGCCUGCCUUUCCAGGGGAUUGCCAAAGCCUGUGAGCAGAAUCUGAAGAAAACCUUGCGUUUUGGGGGCCGUCUGGAGCUCCCCAGCAGCAUGGAGCUUCGGGCCAUGUUGGCAGGCCGCAGUUCCAAGAGACAGCUCUUUCUUCUUCCCGGAGGGCUUGAACGGCAUCUCAAAAUCAAAACGUGCACUGUGGCCCUGGACGUGGUGGAGGAGAUCUGUUCUGAGAUGGCCCUGACACGCCCGGAAGCCUUCAAUGAGUAUGUGAUCUUUGUUGUCACCAAUCGAGGCCAGCAUGUGUGCCCUCUCAGCCGCCGUGCCUAUAUCCUGGAUGUGGCCUCAGAGAUGGAACAGGUAGAUGGCGGCUACAUGCUCUGGUUCCGGCGUGUGCUCUGGGAUCAGCCACUCAAGUUUGAGAAUGAGCUGUAUGUGACCAUGCACUACAACCAGGUCCUGCCUGACUACCUGAAGGGCCUCUUCAGCAGCGUGCCAGCCAGCCGGCCCAGUGAGCAACAGCUGCAGCAGGUGUCCAAACUAGCUUCACUGCAACACUGUGCCAAGGACCACUUCUACCUGCCUAGUGUGCGGGAGGUCCAGGAGUACAUCCCGGCUCAGCUCUACCACACAACAGCCGGCUCAGCCUGGCUCAACCUGGUCAGCCAGCACCGGCCACAGACACAGGCACUCAGCCCCCACCAGGCCCGUGCCCAGUUCUUGGGCCUGCUCAGUGCCUUUCCUAUGUUUGGCUCCUCCUUCUUCUUCAUCCAGAGCUGCAGCAACGUUUCCGUGCCAGCCCCCUGCAUCCUUGCUGUCAACCAUAAUGGCCUGAACUUCCUCAGCAUCGAGACCCAUGAGCUGAUUGUGAAAUUCCCCCUGAAGGAGAUCCAGUCUACACGGACCCAGCGGCCCACAGCCAACUCCAGCUACCCCUAUGUGGAGAUUGCGCUGGGGGAUGUGGCAGCCCAGCGUACCAUGCAGCUGCAGCUGGAGCAGGGUCUGGAGCUGUGUCGAGUGGUAGCCGUGCACGUGGAGAACCUGCUCAGUGCCCGGGAGAAGCGACUCACGCUGCCCCCCAGUGAAAUCACCCUCCUCUAACUCGGCCCCCAGCUCUCCAGCUGCCUUACCAUCAGAAGACUUGCCACGUGGCCUCAAAAGAGCCAUUGGACCUCUCUGGACCAGUGAUCUCCCCAGAACCUUAGGGGAGAUCAAGGGAGACAGGAGGUGAGACUUAAGUCCCCAAGAACCCAUGAAGACUGAUCCAGAGUUGGGACAGAAGUACAGCAUACAGACUUGGAUCAGCUAGCAGGAGGAACUUUCGAAGGCUGGCCGCAGUGAAGUAGAAGGCAAAACCAUGCAACCUCCUGCCAUGUGCCUGCUACAGACCCUGCUCCUGGUUCCCACCUAUGGCAAGGAAGGCCCUCUCCAGUGGCCUAGAUGUGGUUGCCUUUGGUUGGAUAUUUGAAUCUGUUCCAGCUCUACAUCCCAGCCCUCUACACGUCCUCCUCAGAUGCCCCCACCUUGCACUGCCUCAGCCUGGAUUUGUGACCUUGGUCGUUUCUGUGCAAAUAAAAGGCGUGCCUGGUAGCUAUUUCCU